AUGUCUACGAAGGCAGAGCAGUUUGCCUCUAAGAUACGAUACUUGCAAGAGUAUCACAACCGUGUGCAACACAAUAUUUACCCUGUGCCCUCCGGAACAGACAUUGCAAACACACUGAAAUACUUUUCCCAAACUCUGCUCAGCAUUCUGUCCCGCACAGGCAGGAAGGAGAACCAGGAAGCUUCCAAUUUGGCCGUGCCCAUGACCAUGUGUCUUUUUCCUGUGCCAUUCCCACUCACCCCAUCUCUAAGACCACAAGUCAGUUCCAUCAACCCUUCAGUUACUCGCUCCCUCCUUUACAGCGUUCUGCGCGAUGCCCCGUCAGACCGCGGGGGGCAGGGGCAGCAGAGUCGGGACGCUCAGCUCUCAGAGUACCCCUCUCUGGACUAUCAGGGCCUCUAUGUGACCCUCGUGACCCUGCUUGACCUGGUGCCCCUGCUGCAGCAUGGUCAGCAUGAUCUGGGACAGUCCAUAUUUUACACAACAACAUGCCUCCUGCCCUUUCUCAGUGACGAUAUUCUCAGCACGUUGCCCUAUACUAUGAUCUCCACUUUAGCCACAUUUCCCCCUUUCCUCCACAAAGACAUCAUUGAGUACCUGAGCACCUCUUUUCUCCCCAUGGCAAUAUUGGGUUCCACUCGGAGGGAGGGGGGAGUCCCGGCCUAUGUCAAUCUGUCUGCCUCCUCUAUGCUAAUGAUUGCAAUGCAGUACACCACAAAUCCAGUGUAUCACUGUCAACUGUUGGAGUGUCUAAUGAAGCACAAACAGGAAGUGUGGAAGGACCUUCUGUAUGUCAUAUCCUAUGGCCCAUCCCAAGUAAAGCCUCCAGCUGUGCAGAUGCUGUUUCAUUACUGGCCCAACCUGAAGCCACCUGGAGCCAUUAGUGAAUAUAGAGGGCUUCAGUACACAGCCUGGAACCCCAUCCACUGUCAACAUAUCGAAUGCCACAAUGCUAUCAAUAAACCGGCUGUCAAGAUGUGUAUAGAUCCUACUCUUUCUGUUGCCCUGGGAGACAAGCCCCCUCCUCUUUAUAUAUGUGAGGAGUGCAGCCAGAGGAUAGCAGGAGAUCACGCUGAAUGGCUUGUUGACGUCCUGCUACCCCAGGCAGAGAUAUCUGCCAUUUGUCAAAAGAAGAACUGUAGCUCUCAUGUUCGGAGGGCUGUGGUCACCUGCUUCUCGGCUGGCUGCUGUGGGCGCCAUGGCAACCGGCCUGUCCGCUACUGCAAGCGUUGCCAUGUCAACCAUCACAGCAGCGAGGUGGGGGCUGCUGCGGAGACCCAUCUGUACCAGACCUCGCCCCCUCCCAUCAACACCCGGGAGUGCGGAGCCGAGGAGCUGGUGUGCACUGUGGAAGCUGUUAUAAGCCUUCUCAAGGAGGCAGAAAUUCACGCUGAACAGCGUGAGUUUGAGCUGAACAGACGUCGUCAGAUGGGCCUGUCCGCCUCCCACCACUCUCUGGACAACAUUGAGUUUGACAACAAGGAGGACGAUCAGCACGACCAGCGCCUCCUUAGUCAGUUUGGCAUCUGGUUCCUGGUGAGCCUGUGCACACCCAAUGAAAACACACCGACGGAGAGUCUGGCUCGGCUGGUCAGCAUGGUCUUCCAGUGGUUUCACUCCACCGCCUACAUGAUGGACGAUGAGGUCGGAAGCCUGGUGGAGAAGCUAAAGCCUCAGUUUGUCACCAAGUGGCUAAAAACUGUGUGCGAAGUGCGAUUUGAUGUUAUGGUCAUGUGUCUGCUGCCCAAGCCUGUUGAGUUUGCCAGGGUGGGAGGUUACUGGGACAAGUCCUGUAAUAAAGUGACCCAACUGAAGGAGGGCCUGAACCGCAUCCUGUGUCUGAUACCUUACAAUGUCAUCAGUCAGCCACUGUGGGAGUGCUUUAUGCCUGAGUGGCUGGAAGCUAUCCGCACUGAGGUGCCCGACCAUCAGCUCAAAGAGUUCCGGGAAGUGCUCAGUAAGAUGUUCGAUAUUGAGCUGUGCCCCCUUCCCUUCUCCAUGGAUGAAAUGUUUGGCUUCAUCAGCUGCAGAUUCUCUGGCUACCCAGCAUCUGUGCAAGAGCAGGCACUGCUGUGGCUCCAUGUGCUGUCAGAGCUGGACAUUGUGGUGCCUCUUCAGCUGCUGAUUGGGAUGUUCUCUGAUGGUGUGAACUCUUUAAAAGAGCUGGCCAAUCAGAGAAAGGCACGCGCAUCAGAUCUGAUUGGCAACACGGGGGCUCGCAGGGUGAGCGUGGUGUCAGAUCCAGGACGCCGUGGGCAGCACAACACGCUCAGUCCGUUCCCCAGCCCCUUCAGGAGCCCAUUCCGCAGCCCGCUGCGCUGUAGCCCCUUUAAAAACCUGGGUCACGCCACCGGCCACUGCGCUCUGGAUCUGGACUGUGACGAUGAUGACAUGAACCUCGGCUGCUUCAUCCUCAUGUUUGACCUCAUCCUAAAGCAGAUGGAGCUCCAGGAUGAUGGUGUGAUGCUGGGUCUAGACAGCAGCCUGGGGAAGGACAUUGUGGGCAUCAUCAACAACGUCUUCCAGGCCCCAUGGGGGGGCUCACACACCUGCCAGAAGGAUGAGAAGGCCCUGGAGUGCAGCCUGUGCCAAUCCAGUAUCCUGUGCUACCAGCUGGGCUGUGAGCUCCUGGAGAGGCUUACCCCCCGAGAGGAAAUUCGCCUUGUGGAACCUACAGAUAGCUUGGAGGAAACCUUGCUCAUGGGUCAGCCAGAUUUCUCCCUUGGUGCAGAGACUGGAAAUGUGGAAGGAGAAAACCCAAAUGGCGCGCACACUGACAACCCUAGUAACCAUUCUCCUGUCUUUCCUUCAGCCAUGAAGAAUAACUCUGAUAAGAAGUUCUCCUACCAGCAGCUUCCUGUGUCUCUGAAGCUCAUAUACACCAUUCUGCAGGAAAUGUCCAAGUUUGAGGAGCCUGACAUCUUGUUCAACAUGCUGAACUGUCUGAAGAUCUUGUGUCUCCAUGGAGAGUGUUUGUACCUUGCCCGCAAGGAUCACCCCCUGUUUCUGGCCUACAUCCAGGAAAAGAUGCUCAUACCGAGUCUGUGGUCCAUGUUGAAGUCAGAGUUUUGCCAGCUGGCCUCCCUGGCUGUGCCUCAGCUUCUCCACGCCCUGUCUCUGUCGCACGGGGCGGACAUCUUUUGGAACCUCAUCAACACAAACUUUAACAGCAAAGACUGGAAAAUACGAUUUGAAGCAGUGGAGAAGGUAGCGGUCCUGUGUCGAUUCCUGGAUAUCGGCGCGGUGACAAAAAACCACUUGCUGAAGUAUUCCUUGGCUCACUCUUUCUGCUGCUUACUGGCCUCUGUGGAGGACGUGAACCCAGCUGUGGCCACCCGAGCCAGACUGCUGCUGGACACCAUCAAGAGGCCAGCCCUGCAGGGGUUAUGCCUGUGCCUGGAUUUCCAGUUUGACACUGUUGUGAGGGAUCGGCCUAUUAUCCUCAGCAAGCUCCUGCUGCUGCACUUCCUGAAGAAAGACAUCCCCGCGCUGAGCUGGGAGUUCUUUGUCAACCGCUUUGAAACAUUAUCUCUAGAGGCUCAAUUACACCUGGACUGCAACAAGGAGUUCCCUUUCCCUACUACCAUCACAGCUGUGCGAACCAAUGUAGCCAACCUCAGUGAUGCGGCGAUGUGGAAAAUACGACGUGCCCGCUUUGCCAGGAAUCGGCAGAAGAGUGUGCGUUCCCUCCGUGACAGUGUGAAGGGAGGCCCAACAGAGUCUAAACGAGCAUUUUCACUCCCUGAGUCACUGAGCAACCGAAUCCGCCAGACCCCGUCUCCUGAGGACGACACUGUCAUCAGAGACCUGCUUCCUGAGGACGCAGGCAUCGACCACCAGACGGUUCACCAGCUCAUCAUGGUGCUCAUGAAAUUUAUGGCUAAAGACCAGAGCAGCGCCGAGGCCGACAUUGGCAGUGCCAAGGCCUUCAACACAGUGAAGCGUCACCUGUACGUGCUGCUUGGCUAUGACCAACAGGAAGGCUGCUUCAUGAUUGCACCUCAGAAGAUGCGCACCUCUACCUGCUUCAAUGCCUUCAUCGCUGGCAUUGCACAAGUGAUGGACUACAAUAUUGGUUUGGGGAAGCAGCUGCUCCCCCUGGUGGUCCAGGUGUUGAAGUACUGCACGUGUCCCCAGCUGAGGCACUAUUUUCAGCAGCCGCCUCGAUGCUCUCUCUGGGCCUUGAAGCCACACAUCAGACAGAUGUGGCUCAAAGCCCUACUAGUUAUCCUAUAUAAGUACCCUUACAGAGACAUGGAUGGGAGUAAAGUUGUCCUCCAUCUGAUCCACAUUACCAUCAACACACUGAAUGCCCAGUAUCACAGCUGUCGUCCCCACGCUACAGCAGGACCACUUUACAGCGACAACUCUAACAUGAGCCGCUACAGCGAGAAAGAAAAAGAAGAGGACAGUGUAUUUGAUGAGUCAGACGUCCAUGACACGCCGACUGGUGCUGCUAACAAGGAGUCACAGACCUUCUUUGCCCGCCUGAAGAGGAUUGGCGGUGGCAAAUCUGUGAAGUAUCAGCCGGUAGAGCUGAAUGCCAAGAAAAGUGAAAUUGAGCUGUCUGAGUAUCGUGAAGCCAGCGCCCUUCAGGACAGCAUUCUGCACUGUGUGAGGGAGGAAAGCACCAGGAAGAAGCGGUUGCAGGCCAUGCACAAGCAGAAGUCUCUGGACAUUUCCAACACUGACUCCAUCCUUUUCAAUCUGGACGAACACAGACGUAAAUCCUGCAUUGAUCGCUGUGACAUGCAGGCACCACCGAUGAUUCUGCCUCCAUCCUCAGCAACGAGGCACGGCAAGCAUCUUGGCAAAGGAUCAUCUGAUGGCUCUUCGGUUCGGGUGGAGGGCAGUGAUGCACUGGACCGGCGGGGUUCCAAGCCUGUCAUCCCAGAGGUCCGCCUUAGCUGCAUGGAAACCUGUGAGGACAAGUUGGACCUGAGGUCACUAGGAGGAUCAGCUCAGGGGAAGGAGGACCAAGACCUCAUUGACCUCUCCUCUGACUGCACCUCCAUUCCAGAAAAACACUCACUGCUCUCCAUGUCUGACAGCGACUCCUUGGUGUUUGAACCGUUGCCUCCUCUGAGGAUCGUAGAGAGCGACGAGGAGUUUGACCUUACCGCCAUCAUAGCUUCCAAGUUCAACGGGAGUCCUAAGUUCUCUGCUUCCCCUGCUAGCAGCAAGACUUUGCGACUGUCUCCUGUGGUGCAGGUGAGUGUUGAGGACUGUUCUAGUGACAUGAAGACGCUAGACCUGCUGGUGGGAGUAGGAGGUGCGGAGCAACUGUUUGUGGCAAAGAAGCCAAACCGCGUGACUCCUAGCGCCUCUCUGGACUUUUCUGACCAACUGGAAAAUGUCGGACAUGAAAGCCCGAUGACCCUGAAGCAGAAGAGAGACCUGCUGAGGAAGACACCACAUGUCCCUGACACCUCCCUAGAUGACAUGUGUGAUGAGGUAAAGACCGGGAUUGGACCGGGGACCAGUCCCUCUGGUCGGUCAAUUUUCUUGGACAUCCCAGAAGACAAAGCAGAGCCUCUUUCCUCACCAGAAAAAAGCAAGAGUGAUAGCAACGAUGAAGAAGAGGAUGGGGAUGAUGAAGAGGAUGACGACAUGGGUGAUGAAGCAGAGUUUAAAAUCCAGAUUGUUCCUCGACAGCGGAAGCAGAGGAAGAUAGCGGUUAGUGCCAUCCAGAGGGAAUACCUGGACAUCACGUUCAAUAUGUUCGACAAGCUGAGUGGUGAGCAGACCACAGAAACUGAUCACAAAGUUCUGUCUACAUUGGAAAAGCCACGAGAAUCUGCCUCGGCCCCAACGCUCGAAGCUGCUAUGCCUGAAACAAGCCACCGCUCUUCAGUAUCAACUCAGUACCGUCAAGUGAAGCGCGGCUCCCUGGGAGCUCUGACCAUGAGCCAGCUAAUGAAGAGACAGCUGGAACACCAAUCCAGUGCGCCACACAACAUCAGCACCUGGGACACGGGUCAGUCACUUAAGACUUUUCUUUAUCCUGUAAUGACCCCUUGAGGAGACAUAUGGACAUACAGUAGGCCUACAAAAACCAGUCUGCUCUCUGCACCCAGCACAGUUAGCAUGUUUGUCCCUGCGCCGGAAGAGUUCAUUGAUGAGCAGCCGACCACAAUGUCUGACAGGUGUCGGGACUGUGCGGCCGUGCUGGAGGAGUACGACGAAGAGACUCUCGGCCUUGCAGUGGUGGUUCUCUCCAUGUUCAUCCACCUCAGCCCAGAUUUGGCUGCGCCAAUGCUCCUUGACAUCAUGCAGUCUGUGGGCAGGUUGGCUUCUAGUGCCAAUUUUUCUGGACAAGCUGAGAGUAUGUUGAUCCCAGGGAAUGUAGCAGGUGUAGCAAAGCAGUUCCUACGCUGUAUGUUUCACCAGCUGGCCCCUAAUGGCAUCUUGCCCCAACUCUUCCAGAGUAACAUCAAAGAUGGAAGUUUUUUGCGAACACUUGCAUCUUCCCUGAUAGAUUUUAAUGAAUUGAGUUCUGUUGCUGCCCUCAACAUGCUUCUUGAGGGUUUGAACAACAAGAAGAGUCUACCAGCAGGGGGCACAAUGCUGCACUGCCUGGACAACAUUGCCACCUUCAUGGAGGCUCUUCCCAUGGACUCUCCUAGCAACCUGUGGACAACCAUCUGCAACCAGUUCCAGACCUUCCUCACAAAACUGCCCUCUGUGCUUCCUCUGAAAUGCCCCAUGGAUUCCAGUUUGAGGAUAUUAAUUUGUCUACUGAAAAUCCCAACUACAAAUGCAACCCGGAGCCUCCUGGAGCCUUUCUCCAAGCUACUGAGUUUUGUCAUCCAGUAUGGCAUGUUCAGCCUCUCCUACCUCGUAGAACUAUGUGGACUGUGUUACAAAGCCUUCAACAAGGAGAGAGAUAAGUUCUACAUGUCCCGCAUUGUGGUGUUAGAGCUUCUGCAGGCUCUCAAGUUUAAGUCUCCUCUGCCUGACACAAACUUGUUACUGCUGGUCCAGUUUGUUUGUGCAGAUAUUGGUACACGGCUGGCGGAAUCCACCAUCAUCCAAAAGCACAUGAUCUUAACGCUGCCGGGGUGCACAACAGCAGCUAUGGAAUGCAUGAGACAAUACAUAAGUGAACUCCUGGACUUCAUUGCAGAUAUGCACACGCUAACCAAACUAAAAAGCCAUAUGAAGGCUUGCUGUCAGCCGCUGCAUGAGGACACUUUCGGGGGGAACCUGAAAGUGGGCUUAGCACAAGUCGCAGCCAUGGAGAUCAGCAAAGGCAAUCACCGUGAUAACAAAGCUGUGGUCCGUUAUCUUCCUUGGCUUUAUCAUCCUCCAUCCACCAUGCAACAAGGGCCAAAAGAAUUUAUUGAGUGUGUGUCCCACAUUCGUCAGCUGUCCUGGCUGCUUUUGGGCUCCCUGACACACUGUGCCCUGCACCAGGGCUCCACCUCCUGUAUGCCCAUCCCUCUAGAUGCUGGCUCCCACAUCGCAGAUCAUCUAAUAGUCAUUCUUAUUGGUUUUCCGGAACAGUCAAAGACGUCGGUGCUGCACAUGUGUUCUCUUUUCCACGCCUUCAUGUUUGCCCAGCUGUGGACCAUCUACUGCGAGCAGGCGGCUGCUGCUCCGUCCCUGCAGAACCAGAACCAGACAGAAUUUUCGUCUAACGCCAUCCUCACUGGCCUGGAGUUCUGGAGUCGGGUUACACCCAGCAUCCUGCAGCUUAUGGCCCACAAUAAAGUGAUGGUAGAAAUGGUGUGUCUUCAUGUCAUUAGUUUGAUGGAAGCCCUGCAGGAGUGCAACUCAACCAUCUUUGUCAAGUUAAUCCCUAUGUGGCUACCCAUGAUUCAGUCAAACCUUAAGCAUCUGUCUGCGGGGCUGCAGUUGCGUCUCCAGGCCAUCCAGAACCGUGUGAACCACCAGUGUCUGCAGGGCCAGACAUCCGGAGCCCCUCCGUUUGCUCUGCGCAAAUGGCUGCAGUGCACCCAGUUCAAGAUGGCUCAGGUGGAAAUCCAGUCGUCUGAGGCUGCCUCGCAGUUCUAUCCCAUGUGA